GUAUAAGUUGAAAAUACAACACUGGUUUUCUCAAGUUAUUUAUAUACAGAAACUGUAAAGCAUACAAAAAAAAAAAGAAUUAUUUAAUAAAUACUUGACUCUGUUACUUAACGGUCUUUACUUUAAAAUUGAGUUUAAACAGUCCAAAAAACUUUCAACAAGGGAAAGAUAACUCAAAAGUCUGUUUAAAUUUGGCCCAGUAAUUACAGAGAGAUUUGUGGUAAAGUUAAUGGACGACGACAGAUGCCAAGAGAUGGGAAAAUCUCACUUGGCCUUUUGGGCCGGUAAGCUAAAAAUUGAUAUCUUUGUGUUGUUAGGUUGAUGUCAGCUCAAUUAUGGAUAUACAGCACCUUAUGAACAGUAACAGAAAAAAAAAAUUGGAAUGUGUUAUACCAUCAAGCAAAGAUCCAUUACCAGGCAAAGAUGUGUUAGAAUCUUUCUCUAAGGUGUGUCCUAAUGCUGCAUUCUUUUCUCUCAUUCCUCCAAUGAAUGAUGAAGUAACUAGAGAAACAUCAGUCAAGGUUAAACAUACAAAAGAAGAAAAAUUACCUAGACCUCUUACAAGUUAUUAUGAUGUCAUUAAUAAAGAACUAACUGAACAGGAAUUAAUCAACAAAUCAGAUCAACUUUUUAGGAACUAUCAUUGCUCAACUUCUCAAUCUGCAAAUUUAUUCAAAAUUACUGAAUCUCAAAAUAUAAGUACCCUUUGGUUUGAACACAGAAAAGGUCGAAUAACAGCUUCAAAAGCUCAUGAGGUUUUAACAUUAAGACCAACUACAAAUCCUAAUAAAUUGAUCAUGAGACUUGCAGGAUACAACUCAUAUGAUCUCAGUAAAAAAGAGGCCAUAAAAUGGGGGCUGGAAAAUGAAGCAACAACCAGAGAUGCCUACAUCCAAUAUAUGGAAAAAAAACAUACAAAUUUUGAGUGUAAAUUAUCUGGGUUGAAGAUAUCUGAAAAAAAUUAUGUUCUUGGUGCUUCAGCUGAUGGUGUGAUUUCAUGCAAUUGUUGUGGACAAGGAACCCUUGAGAUUAAAUGUCCCCACAAGCAUAAAGACAAAACUUCAAUAGAAGCUGCAAAACAAGACCCUACAUUUUGUUUGGACACAAACUUACACUUGAAAAAUAACCACAAAUAUUACACUCAGGUUCAGUUUCAGAUGUUUGUCUAUGACACUGAUUAUUGUGAUUUUGUUGUAAUGACAAGUCCUAAUGAUGUUAUUUUGCUUGCUAUUGUUAGAAUUUGCAGGGAUCCUGAGUUUUGUAAUCAUUUAAUAAGUAAGUGCACUUACUUUGUUAAAGAGCUAUUAAUCCCAGAGCUACUUACCAGGAAAUUGCUACAUGAUUAUAAAGUAGCCAACACUUCAGUCAAUGACGUCACAAAAGAGAAGUAUUGCUUGUGUGAAGAACCAGAAUAUGGCAAGAUGAUUUUUUGUGAUGGAGACUCAUGUGAUAUUGGAUGGUUCCAUUAUCAAUGUGUUAACAUUAUAAAUUGA